AUGCAAACCCUAGGAGCACACGGACCAAGGAGAUUCUUCGUUUUUUUAACCAAUGUUUGCCUCAUCCUGGCCGUUCUGCAUACGCCGGCGCGGAUCGAGGCGCAGGCCAUCCCGGGAAUGCCGGGGCCGGGCGGCGCGUCUCCCAGCACCAGUUUUGUUCAGCAGCUCGGUGGAAUGAUGGGAGCGGCCGGGCCACCCAUGGAACCGCCACAAGGCACCAUCCCUGCCAUCCCGGACAACCGCGCCGGCCUCCUACCUUUUCCCCGUCCGGAAGCGGCGGCCGGCGCUCGACCUCCAUUAGCCGCUCCUGGCGCCGGAGCCCGUUGCCGCCGGCCCGCCCCCUCCGGGUGGUGCCUACCCCCGGAACCCGUGGCGGCGGCGUCCUCCUACGCCCCGCCCUACCCCGCCGCCGGGCCGUACCCGCCGGAACCCGCCCCGCCUUACCCCGCCAACCCCGUCGGCCCCUACCCGCCGGGACCGCCGCCCACCCCGGUGGACCCCGCCUACAACUACCUGUCCUCAGCGGCGGCCUACUACCCGCAGCCCGUUGACUACGCCACCUACUCCGUCCCGUACUACAAUUACACAACCACAAACAACGUCGUCGACGGGCCCAAGGUCCUCAUCGGCUACAUCAUCAACGUCACGGCCGCCAACCCCGCCGACAUCGUCACGGCCACCCGCGGCGUCUUCCCCUACGGCACCUACCCGGCCGCCUACCAGCCGCCGCCGCCGCCGCGCCCCACCAACUACGUGCCCCUCCCGCCGCCCCAACGCCGGCCCUACCGCCGCAAACUCUCCUCCAAAUCGCAGCCCAUCCAGAUCACGGUGCAGGCCGCGCCGCCCGCCGCCCCGGUGGUGGUGCCGGCGCCGGCCCCGGCGCCGCAUCCCCCGUACUACGGGUACUACGACAGCGGCCGCUACCCGCAGUAUCCGGGUGCGCCCGGCUACCGCGGUCGGCCGCCCGCGGGGGGCUACAAUGACGGCUCGGCGGGGAGUGAUCAGUUUGACGCCCUGGGCGGCAGCUACCUGCCGCCCGGGGACGACGACCAGUGGGCGCCGGCGCCGUCCAGCGCCUCGGCCGUUGCCACGGGAAAGGUCAGCAACGCGCCGUAUAAUUACUACCGCAACGGUCGAUAG